ACUGCGCAAAGCUGACCCGAAAAUAGGGGAAAUCCCCUGUACCACUACCUGCGCCGUUGCUAGCUGCGUUGUAAUUGUGUGUGAAAGCGUAAUUUCCCAACCAGAUCAAGAAGUUUUUACACCAGAUCCAGUCACCACAAUUAACAUGGCAACCGAGGUGGACAAAGGAAGAGUUUUAUCUGAUGUACAUGUGACAGGAAUCACAGAAGGGAAUAGACAGGAAAGAGGAUCAUUUACAAGAUUUGUGGUGAAUUACCAAGCUGAUGAGAGCAGGCCAGAAGGAAACAAGGUCAGAGAGAAGGACAGACAGACAGACAUUGAUGUAACACUAACAGAUGUGAUGACUGAUGAAGAUGGAGAUUUGAUAUUGACCAGGAAACAAAAAACAAAGAAUGUCAUUACAAUAGCCCAUGCAAUGCAGACCAGUCUACAAGACGUAGGAAUGCAGGUAUGGAUGGGUUGUCUUUUACUUUGCAAUUUCAUCUUGUCCAAUCAUCAAAGAUUUGAGAGUUCUACCGUCUUAGAGCUGGGAGGAGGAACAGGAUUAGCAAGUAUUGUCAUGGCAACCACUGCAAGAUUUGUUAUUUGUACAGAUAUUGGAAAGGAUGUACUAGAAAUGUGUCAGAGCAACAUCCAAGCCAAUACACAUAUUUACAAUAGAAGAUGCCAUGAAGCUGAACCAGACAAACAUGUUAUAGUGAGAGAAUUAGAUUGGACUGAUUCAGUGCUUAAAACAGAUGAGUCUAUUCCAUUCUCUUGGAGUCAGAAUGACUUGAAACAUUUAGCUGAUGUAGACGUGAUUAUCGCUGCAGAUGUUAUCUACAGUAAUGAUCUGACGGAUGCCUUUUUUAUGAAACUUCAAGAUUUAAUGAAAACAGGAAAACAGAAGACCUGCUUCUUUGCCACAGAGAGAAGGUUGAACUUCACCUUGUCUGACCUAGAGGUCACAUGUAAAGAGUACGAUCACUUCAGGGAAUGGUUGCAGAGAUUAGAAGCCACUUCAGACUAUCUUAUCAAACAGCUAGACUCAGAGAUACCACACUUCAUACACUGUCCUCAAUCAAGAUAUUUGGAGCUGUGGGAAAUCCAAAGCAUUUCUCUGUAGCCCAGUCCAAUCUGAUACUCAGCCAGGUGAUAAGAGAACAUAGUAUCAAACUGGCAAAGGAAACCAAUGUUUACUAUAGGGACUUCACUAAACAUGGACCUGUAUCUACCUCAUACUACUACAGGACAUGUCAUGCUAUGUCCACUAUGGAUGACUGUGAUACUCUUGAGGCUCUUGAAGUGUCGGUGAAAAGCUAAUAAUAAUAUUCAGCUUUAUAUUGCGCUUAAUACAUCUUGGACGUCUCUAAGCACUUUACAGAUACACAGGGAAGACUCGUCUAAAAGCAAGAACUUGGACGAGCUCAUCACCAUCUUGCAAACAGGUGUAUUUUUAGAUUCAUGAGAAUUCUUGGCAGGAAACAUCCAGUUUUAAUACCAACCUUCCUUUUAUAUACAGUAGGCCUAAGGUUGUACCAUGUGAGAGGGGGGGGGGGGGGGGGAUUGAGGAGUCCGGAAAAGGACUGGCGGUAAGCCUACUGUAUAUCUACAUCACCAUGCAAGCUGAUACUUAUAAGCAGCAUCCAACCUUCCUUUUUUUAAUAAUGAAUGAAUUCAGAUUUUUGUUGUGAUGGUGGUGACUGUGUUUGGAGUGCAAUCCAUGUGAAACCUCUGACUAUUUGAACAAGCUCAUGCUAGCGUUGAAGAACUUCCUUUAUUUCCCCUCCCGGCCCCUCUCCCCCUCUCUCUCUCUCUCUCUUUGGAAAUGGUCUUCUGUACACCUUGGAAUUUGAAUAAAAACAAUGUUAU